GUGAAAUUGUAGUCUUUCCCACCUAGUCCCGCGGCUUCCGCGGGCGGUGGGACCCCGGCCCAGUAACUCAGAGUAGCCCAGAGGAGGGUUCCCCCCCCACUCCCCUAUAACUUUCAUUGUGCCCUCUCUGGCUUGCUUCCGUUGCCCUUCGACCUGCCCCCUCCCUUCUGCCUCCCGUGUGGUGCCCGGGGCUCUGCCGGCAGCCUCCCGCUAUCUUUCCCCGCCCUGCCCCGCCGCGAUACCUGCGUUACCGUGGGACCGUCACUCCCGUGCGAAGAGACUGGCCUGAAAGGCCGCCGGCUCGCGGUUGACUGUGGGCCUUCACCUUGGGCUCUCCAGACUUCCAGUCUGGGCAGUUGCCUGGUUUUCUUAUUAAGGAAGGCCGACUUGUCGUGGACUCCCCUUCCUCUCAUGAGGCACAGGCGGGGUUGGAGGAAAGGAGUUUGUGAGGAGAAGUAGCUCAAAUGUCAGUGAAGCAUGAGUUCAAGCUCAGGAAACAAGGCAGAAUCAACUUUUGAAGACUAUGAUAAAGCUGCCAGGCUCAUUCAGAAGGUCUGGAAAAAUUAUCUUGAUACCUGUGUAUUUAACCACUUCAAAAGUCUAAUUCUUAUAAGAAGGCAAGGAGACCCCCGUCAACUAUUAAAAUAUAUUGAUCCUAAUGAGGCAGAGCUUCUAGAUGCUGCAUCUGGAAUUAAUAUUCGAUUUAGAUUAGGUGGCGAGAAGUUUCCUCCCAACAUAUAUUAUAAAAUUUUCACUCACAGACAUAUUGUAGAUAUAUGUGCUAACAGUCCUAGAGAUUAUGUGAACAUUACCCCAAAGCAACUAUCACGUAUGACAAUUGAUAAGAAAUGUCUUAAAGAUGACCACGAUGGCUGGUACAAGCGUGUAGAGAACAAUGGCUGGAGACUUGUUUCCAAAAGAUUUUGGAAAGCUAUUGAUGAGAUCACGGAAGAAGGAAAUAAACAAAAAAUUGACUUUCACUUCUCCAAACUGAAGAGAAGACAGGACAUUGACAUAAGAAGAAAACAUAAAAAAAUUAGAUGGAUGAGGCAAAUGUAUUAUUCAGGAAGCCUAGAAACAAAGAAAGCAGAUGUUGGAUGUACAGACUUAAUCCUUAAAGCAACAAAAGGAUUGAUAAAAGCAGUUGAAGAAGGUGGAAUGGACUCGGUGAUGGAAUGGGAAGUGGAUGAAAUUCUGAACUGGACAAAUACACUAAACUUUGAAGAGUAUGUCAACAAUUGGAAAAGCAUUGCUACAAGCAACUCUUCAGCUAACAUUCAAGGUUUCAGGUUUGGGACAUUAUGGAAUCCAGUAUCAAAAUUAGAUUUUUCCCCUGCUGGCCUGGAACAAAUGAAAAAGGAAGAAAAACUGAAGAAAGCAGCAGAAAAUGUAUAGCUACUUGGCAGAGACCUCUGAUGUGUCCUUUAGUAUAUUUUUCUUUUCUUUUUUGCACACACACACAUCAGUUGUACCCCAGAUGUUUGUUUGCCUUAUUAUGUGCACUCAUACACAUCAUACAUAGGAUAUAGCCCCUUAGGCAAUACAGUUUAAAUAGAAAUAGAACGUUAUGUAGUGACUAUGCCAUAAAGAAAUUAGCCUUGUUGCUGUAUCUUUAACAAUCACAACUCAUUAAAGAUUAUUUUAAUACUGGAAUGUGAAAACGUGAAAUUUGCCUAUUAAUGGGAAGAGACAAUGUUUUGGAGGAUGGUAGGGUCUAAUGAGUUUUUUCAGAAUGCUGAUGAUUAGGGCACAGUUGUGAGUAGCAGGGAGAGGUAAAGAUUAGAGGGAGAGGCCAUCGAGGACAAUCCAGUUGGAGAUAUAUGGGAGGGAUAUUUGUAGACAGAUUGGCUUUGGCAAGAGGAAACAAACUGCAAAUUGACAAAGAGGACCCUCCCAGGUGCAAAAGAAAGCCUGAUCGAUAGUUUUUAAAAUGAAAAUCCUAGAGAGCUGAGGUUUUCAUGUAUUACAUUAGGUCAUUCUCUAGUUAUGAAGGAAAAUAAAAUCCCAAAGUUAUACACAGUUUUUAACCUGGGAUUCUACAGACAUUAGCAAAACUAUAUUGCUAAUACAAAAUCACCACUUUGAAAUCCAUUGUAUGAGUUUUUAAUAUUGUUUUAUAGUUCUACUUUUAUUGAAAUGGUCAGUUGUAUAUUUUACAUUCAUAGGUUAAGUAACAAUAAUUCUGCAGAAAUAUACAAUUUCAUUAACAUGCAACUAAAAUUUUAACUAUACAUUUCUCUACAUUCAACAUUUUUAGAUUGUGUACAUAAUAAGGUGACCUAUGG